AUGGGUUUGCUCGCCAAAUUUCUUUUCGUCUACAUCCUUGGGGGACUCACCUUCAUCCCGCUCGUCCUGCUACUCCUCUUCCUCCAUGCGUACUUGACCCUCCGAUCCCCCCCACCGCCGGCCGACAAGCCAUGCGACCAGCCUCACGACCCCCUUCGGCGUCCCACCGACGACCAGUUCAGUCUCAAGUCCGGCACCGAUGAAUUGGCAGACAAAUUCCACCGCACCCAUGAGCCCGAUGUCGCGGCCGGAUACUUCGCCGUCUGUCGUGAAUAUGUGCCUGGUGGAGUCAAUGGGAAGCCUCCCGAACGAACCACGCCGGCCGGCGAGGUGAUCGCCGCGGAGAGCCCCAGCGUCUACCAAACUAUGUACCGGAGUUUGUUCGACCGCAAGCAGACCCCCACCAUCGAGCCGGCCAAAGCGAACGGAAGAAACGGGAAACGGGCGCGGAAUGUCUUCUUUAUUGUCUUGCGGCACGGUCACUUGAUGCUGUAUGACGAUGAACACCAGGUGGAGGUGCGCUAUGUCAUCUCCCUCGCCCACCAUGACGUGAGUAUCUACGGCGGGGAGGGGGAGAUCCAGGAGGGGGAGUUGUGGCUGAAGAGGAAUGCCAUCUCUCUCACCCGGCGGCUGGAAUCGCUGGCAGACCUCGGCGGACCGACCCCACCGUUCUACCUCUUCUCUGAGAAUUUGUCGGAGAAGGAGGAUUUCUAUUUCGCCAUGCUUCAGAAUCAGGCUCGAAUGGGGAACUCGUCGGACGGUCCGCCCAAGCAUCAAUCCUUCGAAACGAAGCAUAUUGUUGCCCUGGUUCAGCGGUUGCAUUCCUCCGAGGAACAGCUGCAGACUCGGUGGAUCAACGCCGUGCUGGGUCGAUUGUUUCUGGCAAUGUACAAGACGCCUGAAAUGGAGGAGUUUGUUCGAAAGAAAAUCACGAAAAAGAUCUCUCGAGUCAACAAACCCAAUUUCAUCAGCCGGAUCGGCCUGCAACGGAUCGACAUGGGCGAAGGAGCUCCGUUCAUCAUCAACCCGAGGCUGAAGGACUUGACAGUGGACGGCAAUUGCUGUGUGGAAACCGACGUACAGUAUACAGGCAAUUUCCGCGUGGAAAUCUCCGCCACGGUGCGCAUCGACUUGGGUCAACGGUUCAAGGCCAGGGAGGUCGACAUCGUUCUGGCUGUCGUGCUGAAAAAGCUCGAGGGUCACUUGCUGAUCCGCUUCAAGCCCCCGCCCAGCAACCGUGCCUGGAUUUCGUUCGAGUCCAUGCCGAACAUGGUGAUGGACAUUGAGCCUAUCGUCAGCUCGAAGCAAAUUACAUACGGCAUCAUUUUACGUACCAUCGAGAGCCGGAUCCGCGAGGUUGUCGCAGAGAGUAUCGUCCAACCUUUCUGGGACGACGUGCCGUUCUUGGAUACCUUGUCGCAGCGUUUCCGUGGAGGAAUUUGGCAGCGGGACAUCCCAAAGCCUGAGUCCAAGACGGAUAUACCUGAUGAAUCUGGCGAACAGCCUCAAGAAACAACUGGUCCCAAGGAGGAUUCGAUCGACGUGCUGAAAGCAAAGGACGAGCGUACAAUGAGUGCACCUACACUUUCCGAGCCCAUACCUUCCGAGGCUCUAAAGUCUCGCAAGGGCUCCAAAGGGUCCAUCAAGGAGAAUUUGGGUCAUGCUACCAGUGCUUUAACUUCCGCCAUGGAGAAAGCUGGCGGCUCCCCUCCCCGGGUGAUUCGAUCCCAGACCUUCUCCCAUGCCGCUGACCCGGUGCUCACGGCGGACAACGUGAACAUUGACAAGGCUACGUACGACGGCAGGAAUGACGAGAAAAGUAGCGCCACCAGUGCCAUGAUCGAAAUAACCAGCCGGUCACCACCGUCGUCGCCGACCAGGACGCCUAACGGUUCGCCGCCUGCAGACAGCCAACUUGGGCCCGACAGCGCCGCUGCACAGAGUCGGGAUCCGUCGAUCGUCGAAUCCAUCGAGAGCGUUGGGGACCUCAGCAAUGAUUCGCCGCGGCGGUCUUCCUCCAUUCAACACAAAGCGAGCGACUCGUCUCUGAACCUCAGAAAUGGCGGCGGCAGCUCUACUACAUCCUUGAACAACAGCAGUAAACCGCGGCGACGCACCACCUUCGAGACCCUGACCAAAUCGAUUACGUCUGCAUCCUCGGACAACAGGGCCUCGGGACCGAUCUCGAUCGGAACGGCAACUUCUGUGGCCAAGAAAUGGGGCUGGAACAUGUUUGGCAAGAGCGAGCACAACAACCAACCCGAGGCGCCUCGUCCUGCCGGCACCCCGGAGGAACCGAUCGGGCGCGGCCAUCCUCUCCCUCCUCCAGGCACUCCGCUGCCAUCCCCCGCGAGGUAUGCCUUCAAGAGGAAUGCCUCUGCAGCGCCGAAGCGCAAACCCGUUCACCUCGAUACCUCACACGGAUCCACCGAAGACGGACACAAGAGGCCCGUUCCAAAGCCACCUUUACCCCCCCGACGCAAGCCGGUCUUCAACCCGGAAGACGGCGACAACGUUCCGGAUGAACUCCUGGUUGUCGAGGCCCCCUACGAUUCGACGCCUAAUAGUCCGGCCGUCGACGUGACCCCUGAAGUGGACCUGCCCGAGCCAAAGAAGGAGCACUCGCCCUCAUCGGAGGAGACGCAGACGGACGCUCCGAGUGUCGAGAAACAUGAUCAGGAAACAGAAGAUCACGAUUCGCUGGGCCAUGGGAAACAUGGGAUGGAGAUCUUAUCGGCAACCGAUGGGAUCCUUCCGUGA